UCCUUGCAAACAUUUCAAACACCUAAUUCCUCCUCGCCCUCUUCUCUUAAUUCAUCACUUAAUUCAUCUAAAUAUCUCUUGGAACCAAACCUUUUAUUCUUCCUUUCCUUUUCUUCCGGGUGGAGAUAAUAUCAUUUUCUUGUACUGUUUUCUUUUUAUCAGCAAUCAUAGACAUGCAAGGAAGAACUUGCAACUCUGAACUACCUCCUGGUUUUAGGUUCCAUCCCACUGAUGAAGAAUUGAUCAUGUAUUACCUUCGUAACCAAGCAACAUCCAGGCCAUGCCCUGUAUCAAUAAUCCCAGAGGUUGAUAUUUACAAGUUUGAUCCUUGGCAAUUACCCGAGAAAUCAGAAUUUGUAGAAAAUGAAUGGUACUUUUUUACUCCUCGAGACAGGAAGUAUCCGAAUGGAGUGAGGCCUAAUAGAGCAACUGUUUCAGGGUAUUGGAAGGCCACUGGCACAGAUAAGGCCAUUUACAGUGCUUCUAAAUAUGUUGGUGUCAAGAAAGCUCUUGUCUUUUACAAGGGUAGACCACCAAAGGGCAUUAAGACUGAUUGGAUUAUGCAUGAAUAUCGUUUAAAUGAUUCGAGAAAGCAAGCCAGUAAACAAAAUGGAUCCAUGAGGUUGGAUGAUUGGGUCCUUUGUAGGAUCUAUAAGAAGAGGCAAAUGGCAAGACAUUUGGAGGAGAAGAUAGAAUAUAGAAACACUCAACUGGACAAACCUGCUUCUAAUGAUAUUAGUGAACAACAAAUGUUGAAAUUUCCAAGGACUUUUUCUCUCUCUCAUCUAUUGGAUUUGGAUUACAUGGGUCCAAUUUCACAGCUUUUAAAUGAUAACACAUGCAAUGCAAGUUUUGAUUUCCAAAACAUCAUGGCAAAAGUUGAGACUGACCAAGUUGAGAAAUUUCAGCUGGGAGAAAUGUCUCAACAAUAUGUCGAUUCUGGGAAAUUACAGGUGAAUCAGGGUAGCGCCUUGAACCAGCCACUAUUUGUGAAUCCAAUGGUCUACGAAUUCCAAUGAUUUUCCUGGUUUUGAAUUAGCUGAAGAAAAGAUAAUUGUCUUUUUAUAGGAUAGAACAGUGUUUGACGUCAGUACAGGAGAUGUACAAAUUGCUUUCUGAAGAAUAUAUAAUUAUCUCACUCGAUAGUCGAUUGUGAAUUAGAUAGAUACAAUAUAAGCAAGGUAAAUCUGAUAUUAGUAUAAUUUACAAAGAAGCUAGCUUGAAUGAUGUACAUGUUCAUCACAUCCACUAAUGAAGCUGUUUCCUUUUAUUUCCAUUGGAAAUGGAGAUUCUUUGUAGUAAUCUUCUUAAUCCAAGACAGCAUCAUACUGUCAAUAAAUUUGAGCCUAA